CUGCGCAUGAGAAUCAUUCGCGAUAUACAAACUCAGCGUCCAUCUCAAUACAAUGGCUGGUCCCGUGUUUACGUGCACAUGUGUAGCCUGUUCGAAAGUUCGCGUUACAAUCCAACAAAUCCUCAGUGUACUAGAUAUAUACGGCUGGUUGUUAGACUCAUAUGUUGUGGAUUUCUUUCAGGAACAAUUAUGGGAAAAGCUGCCGAAUAGUUGGAAGAUCGUUCUGCAAGCUGUGCCACCUGAAGAGUUCGGGAAAUGGUUAGCUAAUGACAUCUCGUGCAAAUGCGUAUGGCCGCUGUCAUUGCUUGCGCUUCGACAGAUAACAAAGCAAUUACAACUAAACCGAGAUUAUCGAAAUGAUAGAAAUAUCCUGCGAUGCGGCAGAGCAAAAAAAUCCGAUUGCAAUUCGGAAAAUUUUAUCGUGAAAAAUAAGAAUGAAAGAACGCACGAUGUACAAGUUACUUUGAACAAACAUAAUAAUCUUUUUCUGAAACAUGUUAAGAUAAAAAAACGACAUGAGAUACAACAGAUAGCACAGAUAUGUGCAGAUUGUGCGCAAGAAUCCAAUACAAGAUGUAUUGUGGAUAUUGGAGCAGGAAUGGGCCAUUUAGCUCGAUCCUUGGCAUUUAAAUAUGAUUUAUGUGUAAUAUGCAUUGAACAAGAUACAGAAUUGUCACAGCAAGCUGGGAAAUGGGAUAAAGAAUUAUUAGUAUCCUUAUCUAAAUAUUUACCCGAUUUACCAGUAAAUUUUCCACAACAUGUAUCAAUUAAACUAGAAAAUACUAAUUCUGAUCAAUCAAAGACAAUCAAAGAUAUAAGAAAAAUAUUUUCCAAUGAUUUUAAUCUAAGUGAAAAGAAAUCUGGUUUUGGAAUUGUGGGAUUACAUCCAUGUGGAGACCUUGCCGCUGUAUUAUUGAAACUUUAUACAUCUCAAUGUGAAACAAGAUUCAUUUGUAUUGUCGGAUGCUGUUAUAUGAAAUUAACAUUAGAAUAUCCAGUGGGUGAAUUCAAUGGAUAUCCACUAAGUAAAUAUCUAUCAUCAUUUACAAAUUCCAAGUUAUCCUAUACAGCAUUAGAAGUAGCAUGCCAUGCUAUUGAGAGUUACUGUGACAAACUUAAAACUGGGAACUAUAAAGAUUUAAUAGUGCAUGCUUAUAGAGCUGUUUUAGAAACCAUUCUAAUAAAACAGGAUAAACAAUUACGUCAUACUCAAGUGAGAAAUGUUAAGGUGACAAAAUCUAUGACAUUUAAACAAUAUUGCACAGCUGCAACUGCAAAUUUCGAGGCACAUUUUCGACCUAAAGAUUCAGAUUUUCAGGAUUCGCAAGUAAAAUUUUAUCUAAAUCGAUGGCAGCAUAUUGUAAUAUUCGGCGCAUUACGUACGAUGUUAGCACCAUUAGUAGAAACUAUUGUAUUAUUGGAUAGAUUUCUAUAUUUAUCAGAAAAUCAAUUAUCUCCGGUAUUGAAACCUAUCUUUGAUGCGAAAUUGUCCCCUCGAAACUUUUUACUCUACUCAAUGAAAAAUAUCGAAAUGCCCUUUUAAUUAUGUCUGAAUCUUUCCUUUUGUUUUUUAAUAUAAAGCAAAAUUAAAUAUUAAACAUUGGUUGCAUGUUUUUUUUUUUAUUAAAUUAAAUAUUUUAUGCUUUCAUAAUUUUAUGUAUAAUUAAAUCUUUUUUAUAAUUUUUUUUUUUUUGCACAAUUUAAUUCGAAGAUAAAAAUAUGCUUCUCGCGCAAGUUCGAUCAAAAUGUAAUUGUACGUGAAAAUCGUGUAUAUAUGUAUAAUAAAAAUUCGCGUUAAAAAAUUA